AUGUCGAGUGUACCCUUGCGGCUCCAGACUCCAAGGUCGUCAUACAGACGGAGUUUGGACGGAGUUGGAAGCAGGACGUUGAGGAAGAAGAUCGGCUGGAGGAGACUUGCUCAGAUCGAGCGCUUGUCCAAUAUUUGCAACUUGUUUGGUCUCAAAGCCAUCAACGCUGAUCGUAUAUACAUCCUUGAAAUUGUUGCCAGUGAGAGGAAGGAUUCCGAGGGCCCAGAGAAGCCCGAAAAUUGCGCAACUUUCCUAUUGGGCAAGUUUUGUUGUCGGAAGCUCGGAGACCUCGGGAUGAAAUUAUUCGACCGAUGGCGCAGCAAGCUUGGCGACUCGGAUGCGGAUGACCCGGGGCAUUUUGGUCGUCUCGGUCGCCUCAAUAUGAAGUUCACCCUCAUCUUCUCAACUGCUUUCCUCGCUUCAAUCUCCUUUGUCAAUGGUGCCCCCGUCAAGGCCGCUGCCCCUGCCGCGAUCGAAUUUGGGAAGGACGUCAAAAUUGAUACAGACUUCAAAGUUGAAGGCCCCGUUUCGGCCCGCGCGCUCAAGCUUGGAAAAGACGUCAAAGUCGAUACAGACUUGAAAGUUGAACGCGCCGUCUUCGCCCGCGAACUUCUGACGGUCAGUUUCUUUGUGCAUCGAAAGAGGAUGGUCGAAUUACUGAGAUUUGCAUUGAAGCCCGUUAAAGACGUCAAACUCGGUGAUAAGUAUGCUAGCGCCGUCUGGGCUCGAGGAAUCAAGCCUCUCAAGGAAGUCGAUCCCGACACCGAGUAUGCUGAUGGAACAGGUCUUGGGGGCGCCGUCUGGGUUCGCAAUCUCAAGACUUGGACAUAUUCUGUUGAUUUGUAG